AUGGUAUAUGGAGGGAGACCGAGUACAGGCUGCUAUCUGUGCCUCAAGAGAAAAAUUCGCUGCGAUGAGGCAUCGCCGGAAUGCCGCAACUGCAUCGUCUACGGCCAACCGUGUCCGGGCUAUCGGCCAGACACCAUCUUCAGAGAUGAGACGCAGAAAGUACAGCGUCUGAUGAAGAAAAAGAAGCCCAAGAGUCCGCCUGCCCGCGAUACGUCUAUCUGUGCGGCUGAGGACAAAGACCAGAAGCCGACCCUGCUGUUGACCCGACGCAUUGCCGAUGCCACAUGGGAAGAGCGGUCGAUUUGCUACUUUUUCGACCAGUAUACUUCCUCCGAUGACGAUGGCGAAUUGCGAGGUCCUUUGGGGUUCCUGCCCGCGCUGUAUGCUCUGUGUCGGGACAUUGGGGAGGCAGGGUGUUCCGCGUCGGCGUCGCUGCGGCUGGCGGUCGAUGCGACGGCUCUGGUCACGCUGAGCAAUGAGAUUCAGGAACGCUCGCUGCUCGUGAAGGCGCGGCAUCUCUAUGGGAUGGCGAUCCAGCGGCUGCGGCAAGCGCUGACUUCGCGGGCACAGGCGGUCCGGGAUGAGACUUUUGCUGCGGUGGUUUUGCUUUCCAUUUUCGAGGAUAUCACAGGGGAGCGCAAUGGGCUCUCCAGCUCGCACACUGUGGGUUUGGAGGUUCUGAUGAAGCUGCGCGGAGUGAAUCAAUUUGGACAUGCGCAGGGUCGGGAUUUGUUCAACUUUGCCUAUGCGCAUACACAUACAGAGUUUCUGGUUUUGGGCGACAAGCCACGCUUCAAAACUGACUGGAUUUCUGGACUGUUAGACAGCUCGGACCCAAUCCACCAACUGAUGCUGAUUGCGUCGGAAGUCAAGGAAGUUUUCCUCGAGAGCUCUUCCUUGCAGACCUCGAAUGAGCCUGGUCGAGUGAGCCGGAUCCUCUCAUGUAUUGAGCACGCCAAGGUAGUGGAUAUGGAGCUCGCUGGGUGGAAUCAGAAUCUACCAGAGCACUGGCUCCCUCUCAUCGUUUACUCACAGGACCACACAUCAUUCAUGACCUACCAACAGCUGACCAAGGCAAUUAUCUGGAACUACUACCGCGCCGUCCGUAUCGUUUUGCAAAAAGUGAUACUCGGGCUUCACCAAGCCGUUGCAUCGGCCGUCGGCGACAGCGGGGUGGAUGCCGAACUUCUGCAGGAGGAACCGAAGAUUCUCGGGGUGAUCCAGGAAAUGAUCACAGAUGUUUGUCGGAGUAUCCCGUUUGGCUUCGGAUAUGUUGAUGCGCUGGGGAACGCAAUCCCAGCUCCAUCGGAGGGGAAGUUGCCCAUCCGUGCGUUCCAGGGAUUAAGCAUGGUGUGGCCCUUGUGGUACAUUCUGUCCUGUGGCUUGGCGACGCCUGAGCAAAGCCACCAAGUUCGGACUGUGCUAGCCCGAGUUGGGUCCACGCUUGGUAUCAAGAUGGCAUUGAUACUCGCGAAAGAGGGUGAUGCUCAUGAUCUUACAGCUGUGCAUAAUGAGGGGGAAUGUACAUGGCUUCGUGACUUCACUGCAGUAGGGUUACGACAAAGCUUCCCAUAA